CCUCCCACAAAAUCUGAACUCUAAUUUUGGUAACCAAAAUCGAUAAAAUGAAAAUAUAUAAAAAAGAUUGGCAAAGACAAAAAAAAGGUAAACGGAAUAUCUACGACGGGGAGAAGCAUAACGAUGAAGCCUUCUAUGAUGGAAAGUCUAUUAGGUCUUCUUCGUAUUCGUGUCAAGCGCGGUGUCAAUCUCGCCGUCCGUGAUCUCAACAGUAGCGAUCCUUACGUCGUCGUCAAAAUGGGUAAACAGAAAUUGAAGACUCGAGUUAUAUACAAUGACGUGAAUCCUGAGUGGAACGAAGAUCUGACUCUCUCAGUAACUGAUCCCAGUCUCAAAGUUCUCUUGACUGUGUAUGAUCACGAUACAUUCACCAAAGACGACAAAAUGGGAGAUGCAGAAUUCGAGAUUAAGCCGUACAUUAAUGCAUUGACUAUGCACUUGCAAGAUCUCCCAUGUGGGACCAUCGUGACCACAGUUCAGCCUAGCCGAGACAAUUGCUUAGCCGAGGGUUCUCGGAUCAUCUGGUCUGAUGGUAAGCUCGUUCAGGAUAUAGUCCUUAGAUUGAAACAUGUUGAGUGCGGUGAAGUUGAGGUUCAACUUAAAUGGAUUGAUCUUCCUGGCUCCAAGGGUCUAUGAUUUCUUAAUUUUUUUUAUUUGUAAUUUACCGUCAUGUUAUGGACACUAUAUAGACUUUAAGUGAAACCCCGCAAACUGAUGUUGUAUAUAUGUUAUUGAACAUGAUGAGCAAGAUUAUUCACUUCUCUC